CAGUUAUAGUAAACCACCAUGGCCGACUUGGAGAAUGAGGAAGUUAUUGAAGGACCCAAGGUUUCGUCGAUGCUUGAGUUCGGUAGCACAGCUGAGCGUCCCAACAAGCGACACAAUUACUGGUUUCGUGCCUUCGCGACAGACUCAGAGCCAGGUGAGGGUCUGAUCUUUAAGGUGGCACGCAGGCCCGGCCAUCGCCGCAAUGAAGACCCACAUCCGACUGUCCGCAUAAUUCGUGAGGAUCCAAACGGAAUUCUAUACGCUAAGGUCAAGGCUGGAGAAAUCAAAGUAGAGAACUAUCACGAUUUUGUUAACAGGAAGAUCUUGCAGGCUCGGGAUGAAGAGGCUAAGAAGAAGGGGAAGAAAUGACUACUGCUUCAAGUUAUGGAGAGUUAAAAAAACUGUCCCUUGUGGAGGGAAAGGGUGCCAUAUGGUUCUUGUUGUUCAACGUCAAUAAACCUUGAGUUGACAAGGCUUAGGACACUGAAGAAUGCACGUGCCGCAGCUCCACGCGAGCAUCCGUUGAGUACAUUAUGAAACUGCAGAUUCGCGCAAGCAAUGGUGUGUUAUGACGACGUUAGCUGCAAUGCUCGCUUGGGUUUGAAACAUGGCAACAAGUGAGUUUUGCGACUCAAACGUACUGUGGUAAUAAAAGUGGGGGACUCUUCCGAGCUUGCUACUGUGACUGGAGUCGGCAUUCUCCUCAGCGUUUCCCACAUUUUGAAAGCUCGAA